AUGAGGGUCCCCUGCCGCAGAGCCCUGCACCCCUUGUCUCUCUUGGUGCAGGCUGCGGCGCUGGCUGAGGCCCUGGCCCUGGGCACCCCACCUGCCUUCCUGCCCUGUGAGCUGAUGCCUCAUGGAUUGGUGAACUGCAAUUGGCUGUUUCUGAAGUCUGUGCCCCACUUCUCUGCAACAGCACCUCGUGCCAAUGUUACCAGCCUUUCCUUGGUUUCCAAUCGCAUUCACCACUUCCACAACUCUGACUUUGUUCAUCUGUCCAACCUGCGGAAGCUUAACCUCAAAUGGAAUUGCCCGCCCACUGGCCUCAGCCCAAUGCACUUCCCCUGCCACAUGACCAUCGAGCCCGGGACCUUCCUGGCUGUGCCUACCCUGGAAGAUCUAAACCUAGGCUACAAUGGCAUCACCACUGUGCCUCCAUUGCCCAGCUCCCUGAGGAACCUGACCCUGAGCCACACCAACAUCCUAGUGCUAGAUUCUACCAGCCUUGCUGGUCUGUACGCCCUGCGCUUCCUCUUCAUGGACGGCAACUGCUACUACAAGAACCCCUGUAGCGGGGUGGUGGAGGUGGCCCCAGGUGCCCUCCUGGGCCUGGGCAAUCUCACCCAUCUGUCACUCAAGUAUAACAAUCUCAUGGUGGUGCCCCGCCAACUGCCCCCCAGCCUGGAGAACCUAUUUUUGUCCUAUAACCAGAUUGUCAAGCUGACACCAGAGGACCUGGCCAAUCUGACCUCCCUGCGAGUGCUUGAUGUGGGUGGGAAUUGCCGCCGCUGUGACCACGCCCCCAACCCCUGUGUGGAGUGCUCACUACCCUCCCUCCAGCUGCACUCUGAGACCUUCCACCACCUGAAGCAUCUUGAUGGCCUAGUGUUGAAAGACAAUUCUCUUCACACACUGAACUCCACCUGGUUCCAAGGUCUGGCCAGUCUCUCAGUGCUGGACCUGAGUGAGAACUUCCUCUAUGAAAGCAUCACCAAAACCAAUGCCUUUCAGAACCUGACACGCCUGCGCAAGCUCAACCUGUCAUUCAAUUACUGCAAGAGGGUAUCCUUUGCCCACCUGCAUCUGGCAAGGUCCUUCAAGAACCUGGUGUCACUGCAGGAGCUGAACAUGAAUGGCAUCUUCUUCCGCUUGCUCAAUGAGAAUACACUCAAGCCCCUGACCCAUCUGCCCCAGCUCCAGACUCUGCAUCUUCAAAUGAACUUCAUCAACCAGGCCCAGCUCAGCAUCUUUGGGGCCUUCCCAGCCCUGAACUUUGUGGACCUAUCAGACAACCGCAUCAGCGGAACUUUAAUGCUGCCAGCAGCCACCAAUGAAGAGGCGGAUGAUGGUGAGCAGGAGUAUCUGUGGUCUGGGGCCCCCCUCCCUCCACUGGACACCCCUGGUUCUAAGAACAUCAUGCGCAGGUGCAGGGACCUUGACUUCACCUUGGAUCUAUCCCGGAACAACCUGGUGGCAGUUCAGCCAGAGAUGUUUGCCAACCUCUCACACCUCCAAUGCCUGAGCCUGAGCCACAACUGCAUUGCACAGGCCGUCAAUGGCUCCCAGUUCCUGCCGCUGACCAAUCUGCAGGUGCUGGACCUGUCCUAUAACAAGCUGGACCUGUACCAUUGGCGCUCAUUCACGGAGCUACCACAACUGCAGUACCUGGACCUGAGCUACAACAGCCAAGCCUUCAGCAUGCAGGGUGUAGGCCACAACCUGAGCUUUGUGGCCCAGCUGCCCAAGCUGCGUUACCUUAGCCUGGCACACAAUGACAUCCACAGCCGGGUGUCCUCGAAGCUCCACAGCACCUCACUGAAGUACCUGGAUUUCAGUGGCAAUGCUGUGGGCCGUAUGUGGGGUGAGGGAGAUCUCUAUCUCCACUUCUUCCAAAGCCUGAGAGGCCUCCUCCACCUGGACCUGUCCCAGAAUCACCUGCAUAUCCUCCUGCCCAGAAACCUGGACAACCUCCCCAAGAGCCUGAAGCUGUUGCAAAUCCGCAACAAUUACCUGUCCUUUUUCAACUGGAGCAGUCUGUCCUUCCUGCCCAAUCUGGAAGUGUUAGACCUGGCAGGAAACCAGCUGAAGGCCCUGACCAAUGGCACUCUGCCUAACGGCACCCUGCUCCGGAAGCUGGAUGUGAGUAGCAACAGCAUCAACUCAGUGGUCCCAGCUUUCUUUGCCCUGGCGGUGGAACUGAGAGAGGUCAACCUCAGUAACAAUGCCCUCAAGACGGUGGACCAUGCCUGGUUUGGGCCUGUGGUGGGGACCCUGGCAAUGCUAGAUGUGAGAAGCAACCCUCUGCACUGUGCCUGUGGGGCGGCCUUCGUGGACUUCUUGUUGGAGGUGCAGGCUGCUGUGCCAGGUCUGCCCAACCAUGUCAAGUGUGGCAGCCCCGGCCAACUGCAGGGUCACAGCAUCUUCACGCAGGACCUGCGACUGUGCCUGGAUGAAACUCUCUCUUUGGAAUGCUUCGGCCUCUCGCUGUUGACGGUGGCCCUCGGCCUGGUGGUCCCUGUGUUGCAGCACCUCUGCGGCUGGGACGUUUGGUACUGCUUCCACCUGUGCCUAGCCUGGCUUCCCUUGCUGGGCCGGAGCCGGCGCCGUGCCCACGCCCUGCCCUACGACGCCUUCGUGGUGUUCGACAAGGCGCAGAGCGCGGUGGCCGACUGGGUGUACAACGAGCUGCGUGUGCGGCUGGAGGAGCGGCGUGGGCGGCGAGCGCUGCGCCUGUGCCUGGAGGACCGGGAUUGGCUGCCUGGCCAGACGCUCUUCGAGAACCUCUGGGCCUCCAUCUACAGCAGCCGCAAGACGCUCUUCGUGCUGGCCCACACUGACCGGGUCAGUGGCCUCCUGCGCACCAGCUUCUUACUGGCUCAGCAGCGCCUGCUGGAGGACCGCAAAGAUGUAGUGGUGCUGGUGAUCCUGCGCCCCGAUGCCCACCGCUCCCGCUACGUGCGGCUCCGCCAGCGUCUCUGCCGCCAGAGCGUCCUCUUCUGGCCCCACCAGCCCAGCGGUCAGGGCAGCUUCUGGGCCCAGCUGGGCACGGCCCUGACCAGGGACAACCGCCACUUCUAUAACCGGAACUUCUGCCGGGGGCCCACUGCAGAAUAACGCAGAGCAAGCGCUGGAUGUAGAUGCAGCUUCAUGCCUGGCUUCCUGGGAUGCUCUGCCUGCCUCGUUCCGCCCCACUCCUGCUUUGCUCCCCAUAGGCAUUCAGCAGGUGCUCAAUAAAGUCUACCAAACUACCCAGCCCUGCGCUCCUUGGAGGUGUGUGUGGAAGAAGAGACGGGAGAAUUCUCUAGGCUUCCACUAGUGAAGGAUAGGAGGUGG